AUGAAGAAGCGCCGCAUGAGCAUUCUGCCAGCUGGGAUGGACAGUAGACUUUAUAAUGGGACUGGAAAGGAUGGGGUAGGUGGAAGUGUGCAGACCUGGCAGCGAAAUGCCACAGAAACACUUGCCCGGACACAAACGACGCCUGCGCAACGAGCAAACACAAACCACAAGAUCACCAGCCCGAGGAUGGUGACGCCGGAGCCAGGGGACCACGAAUUCUCCUUUGCAGGCUCAUCGGCGCGGUCUGAGGAAAAUGGACACUCGCCGACGCAGACAUCGCCUCGCUCCAUACCCGGCGGGGUGAAGCCGCGGGAUCGCAGGCAAGGCCUGAUCUUUGAAGAUUCAUAUUCCGCCGAAGCACUUGAGCAGCGCGUCGUCACAGGACCGCCAGUCAGCCUUCAUUCACGGCCACGUACUCGGACGACCAGUGGAGCAGCCGAAGAACACAAGCGGACCAGGUCGACGUCGACGACCAGUGUGUCGAAGAGCAGGCACCGCAUCGGCUCGGUGCACUCAACUAACUCUUCGUCGUUGCACGGCGUGGAUCCUCGUCCCCCUCCGGACCCUGCAACUUUAGGUUUCUUGACUUCUGGUACUGGCAGCCGGUCCGCACCUCUCCAGAAGUCAAACUCGGUCAAAAGUGUCAAGAGUGGUCGACGUCUUGUCAAACGAACCUCUCGCCCUACCUCGCCACUUUCUGCAAUGAGUGAUGCCCCAUCAGUGGACUCUCUUCCUUUCCCAAUCGCCACGGGAGAUGCAAAUAAAAUUCUAAUGUUAAUGAAGACGCUGUGCGGCCGUAUGAGAGGAGAGGUCGAGUACCAGACAUAUGAAUCCGGAACAUGGUAUUCUGGAAUCUGCUACAUAGACGACGCCAAGGGAACCUUGAUGUAUGAGGGAGAGGAUAACGGACCAUUCCAUCUUACCGUCAUUUCAGAUCUCCGAGGAUGCUGUAUUCGUCCAAUCGUGUCAGCGGAUCGAAAAGCGAGGUGCCUCGAGAUAUCGAACAAGUCACAGGGUCUGGAGCUCCACUUGAUGCCUACCGCGAAAGCAGAAUACGACUUGUGGCUAGCCGCCCUUCUCUGUUGGCAACAGGUCCGGACCGGAACACUUCCUGCUGCUCCAACCAGGCCCGCACCGCCAGUGAACCGUAUGCCGGAAACUUCAAAACGGAACUCGCUUCACAAUUAUCCUCUGUCGCCACUUUCGGGGCAGGCAAGGGAGGGAAAUAUUAUCAAAGUUGCGAAGUGCCUUCUUUGGGACAAAGGCUCACCCACAUCCCCAAGAGCGAUUGUGAGACGACCGUCAACACGGGACCUCAAAUCGCAGAUUCGCGUUUGGAGAAGAGUAUCUUGUAUUCUCCAGGAUAAUGGAGAAUUUAAACUCUUAACUGAGAGUGAUUCCACGCUCUUAUCGAUCAUACAACUUUCACAGCUGUCAAGAUGCGCAAUACAGCGAUUAGAUAAAUCGGUUUUAGAUCAGGAAUAUUGCAUUGCUAUAUACCCACGAUACACCUCAUCUUCUAAUCAGCUGUCCAUAUUCCGGCCAGUUUAUAUCGCUUUGGAAUCACGCCUUUUGUUCGAAGUGUGGUUCUGUCUAUUGAUUGCAUUUUCGAUCCCAGAUAUUUAUGGACCUGAGCGGCCAAACAACUCUAACGGUUUUAUUGCAUCCAGUCUGCGUUCAACCGAAGAUAUGUUUCGAAUUGAGAAGUCAUUGAAAUUACGAAUAGUGGAAGCCAAAAUACGAAGAAGUGUGUCUAGGACAGAUAUAAUUCACACCGGAAAGCAACCCACGAAAGACCAAGAUCCUUCCGUGGGCCAGUACUUUGCUGAGGUGUUGCUGGAUGGGGAAGUUCGAGCACGAACGUUAACGAGAAACGAGACCCGAAAUCCUUUCUGGCGCGAAGACUAUGAGUUUCAAGAUCUUCCGGCGACCUCACCAAGGCUCAUGAUUGUAUUAAAAAGGGUAGGAAACCCAGUGCAGCAGCAGUACGGCUUCUUGUCAAGCAGUCUCCAUGGUCCUAACCAAGCAAAUGAGAUAUUAUGUGGGACGGUUGAUAUACCAGCCGAGAAACUUGAGCGGGGGAAAGAUAACGAAGUCUGGUGGCCAAUGCUCGAUCCCUUACAAGAACCAAUUGGGGAGAUAUUUCUUAAGAUCCGCUAUGACGAACUGGUUGUCCUUCUUGCUAAGGACUAUGAGCCUAUAUCUACGAUUUUGCAUAAUUUUGGCACUGGUUUGACCGACCAGAUUGCUCAGAUCAUGGCCACUAAUUUACGAGGCUUAUCAGAAAUAUUGAUGAACAUCUUUCAAGUUUCUGGUCACGCCUCGGAUUGGCUCAUGGCUCUUGUUGAGGAUGAAAUUGAUGGUGUCGGCAAAGAUUCGCCUGCUCGAAGACUGCGAUGGAGCAAACGUAUGGGAUCAAAUGAGUCAUUUAAUUCCACCGGUGAACGGGAACAGACAGUGAGAGACAUUGGAAAGACGUUGCAAGGUGAAGCCAAUCUUCUUUUUCGAGGAAGCUCACUUUUUACCCAGGCAAUGGAUUUCCACAUGAGGCGACUAGGCAAAGAGUAUCUUGAAGAGCUUUUGGCCGAGAAGAUUUUACACAUCAAUAACCUUAACGCUGAUUGUGAGGUGGAUCCAUCCCGUCUUGGAACUGGUGACGACGCGAAUAAGAACUGGUCUCUGUUGAUUGCUUUGACUACGGAUAUCUGGAGCAAUAUAGCAUCGUCGGCAUCGCGUUGCCCGGUCGAACUUCGCCAAGCUUUGAAAUAUAUACGAGCUGUUGCCGAGGAUCGAUAUGGGGACUUUUUUCGCACAGUAACAUAUACAAGUGUCUCUGGCUUUCUCUUCCUGCGGUUUCUCUGUCCCGCGUUGUUGAAUCCAAAACUAUUCGGCCUCUUGCGAGACCACCCACAACCAAAAGCACAGCGUACAUUGACGUUGAUUGCGAAAAGUUUGCAAGCACUUGCCAAUCUGAGCACAUUUGGUCAGAAAGAGGAAUGGAUGGAACCCAUGAAUCGCUUCCUGACUGGCCAUCGCCAAGAAGUGAAAGCCUACAUUGAUGAAGUGUGUUCGGUUUCUGGGGAACGCAACAAGUUUGCCCUGCCUGCCUCAUAUUCAACGCCUAUAACAAUCCUGGCUCGAUUACCACCAGCAUCAAGAGAAGGAUUCCCAUCUCUUCCAUAUCUCAUCGACCAUGCUCGUAACUUUGCUGCCUUGGUAAAGUUAUGGCUUGACACAGCUUCGCCCCGCAUGCUUCCCGGUGCACUUGAAGGCGACCUAGCCGAAUUCCAUCAACAAUGUCUUAACCUUCAGAGGCGAGCUAACGAGUGCCUUUUGAGGGCAGAGAAUUCUGCUAGCCCCGAUCAAAUUUCUCCAUGGGAUGACUUGGUCGACAGACUAGAAGAAGCAGGUCUUGAUGACGACGCAGGUCUCACGCGUUACCCUCAUUCGGACCAAGAUUCUGACGAUGAGCCUCUUCAAAGCCCACCAUGGUCUGAGUUCACCACAACCAUUUCAGCAGGUCGACCUCCCGGGUCAUCAGGCAGCGAACCCAACGGCAAAGAACGAGAGAAAGAUCGCCGUGACCGCCAAAGUUUCUGGGACUCAACCUUCGGAAGAGAUAGGAACAAAUCCUAUGAUCCUAACAUGGAUAACAACACGCAGGUAUCUCCACCAACCAGAGUACGAAGUAGCAACGGCCACGGCAACGGGAAACCAACGAGGAGUUUCCUCAGCGGCCUGAGAAGGAAAACGACCAAGGAGACCACGAUGAGGGAUCCCGAUACGAUUAUCAAGAAUAGCAAUAAGACGCAACGAAGUACGUCGUUGGCGGAGGGCAUGGAUCAUCCCGUUAAGGUGGGAUCUCCUUGGGGAAUUGGCGGCAUGAUUUAA